ACUUUCACACAGCGAAUGGCAAGAGUUAGUUGUGUCGGUGUUAGCCGCUGUUGAAUGUACCGAUAAUGUCAUGAGUUGUGAUUGAUUUGGCUGAGGAUCACAAGGCUGCAAAUGCAGCCUUUGCUGCAUCAGUCUUUGAGCUCCCUCUGGUUACCAUAGCUUCAGCCCAGCCCGACUGAUCAUCUAUAGUCAGGCCUUGAACCCUUUUAUAAGUUAUGCUGAAGGUUCAGAUACGAGAAGCGCGUACUGACGGGUAUUAACAGUGGCUGUAGACAUCUGUGGGAUGAUGGCUAACACACAUCAUGCCAACAAACGGUCCACAUCCUAACCUGCAGGCGGAUGACUGUUCAUCCGCUUCGGGAUUCACGCAAAAAAAAGAAUGUUAAUUUGUCUCAGUUAAAAAUCAUAAUUUUUAUAAGAAGAUAUUAAGGGAAAAUCCCACACUGGCUUUUCUCCACGAACGGAGCAAUCAUCACUAAAUAAGCACUGUAUAACCAGAGGGGGCGCCACUGCGCACAUUCAGCUAACCUAGCUAGUUAACCAGCGUUAGCUUUUCCGAAAGUUAGGCGCUUCUCAGUCAAUGUGUGUGAUCCCUCUAUUUGUGGCAGCUUUGACAAGAGGCCAAACCACAUUACAGGAGCAGUAAAAUGGCGUCAGAAAUAUCCGGGUCGCGGUGAAAAGUGUCUGGUUGGGAGUGAGAAGAAGCCUUUUGAAAUGAAGCUCAGAACACACUUGUGGGAUUUCCUUUCAGAAUGGAGCCGCUGUUGUUGCUAAGCUACAACCACCACCACGGCUCGUGCAGACAAAUAAGUGUUGCUAAGUGGUCUCUGAAACCUCCCGGUGCAGCAGCCCAGUAUCAAACCAGUUAAGAUGACAGGACUGUAGAUAUAAAAGGAAACAAAAACGGCAUCAAAGGGAGAAAACACCUCCCAUCACUUUGUGAUUGUCAUGAAGCACCUCUGCUCUGUCCUUGGGUCGAGUAAAGGAAGUUUCAUUCAUAAAGGCCAGUAUCAAAAUUAGCUUAAAAGGGGCUUUGCAACCUUUAUAUCACACUCUCCAUCCUUAGACACCUUGAUUUCAAGAAGGCAAACCUUCCCAGAAAGCCAUGUAGAAAAGGGAAAACAUCAGAAAGAGCAAAAGAGGAGGAGUACCUCUUUCGUGGUGGAGUACAGAACUGAACAACGUAACAGAAGUACAACUUAGGCAAUCAGGUAAACAAAAGUAUAGAUAAGUAGUUUAUAUAUAUGAAGAAUAUGGAUCCAAGAGGUUGUCAGGUAACUUCCAGGUGUGUUCAAACAGACCUGCCCAAUGCAACUUCCUGUCCACCAUGGAGGCCUGACAACAGGACAGACCACACUAACUCAAAAGGAGCUGACACAGAGGUUUAUACUGCAGAGCUGUGAGAGUGAUUGACCCCUCAACACAUUAGGGUGCUACGAUAACCACAGCCAUGCCUCCUCCAGCUGACAUCGUGAAGGUCGCCAUUGAAUGGCCCGGCGCUAACGCUCAGCUUAUAGAGAUGGAUCAGAAAAGGCCUUUGUCCUCAAUAAUACGGGAAGUAUGUGAUGGCUGGUCUUUGUCAGGCUCAGAGCAGUUUGCUUUGCGUUAUGCCGAUGGCCCUCAGCUUUACAUCACAGAGCAGAGCCGCAGUGAAAUCAAGAAUGGAACCAUCCUUCGAUUAGCCAUUUCACCUGCCCGUGCUGCUCGUCAGCUCCUGGAGAGGAUCCAGUCCCAUGGUAUCGAUGCUCGGCUGGAGGCUCUUAAAGAGCUUGCCAAGCUGUCCGCAGACCCAACCUUCGCCACAGAGUUCAUCAACAUGGAGGGCAUUGGGACGCUGGCCCGUCUGGUUGAGAGUGGCACCCACUUUGGUGAAAUGCUGGCCUUCACUCUCACUGCCUUCCUGGAGCUAAUGGAUCAUGGCAUCGUGUCCUGGGACCUUAUCUCCCUCUCCUUCAUCAAACAGAUCGCGGGCUAUGUGAACCAGCCGAUGGUGGACGUGUCCAUCCUGCAGCGCUCUCUCGCCAUCCUCGAGAGCAUGGUCCUCAACAGUCACAGCCUCUACCAUCGAGUGGCGCAGGAGAUCACCGUGGGACAGCUCAUCGGGCACCUGCAAGUGUCAAACCAGGAGAUUCAAACCUAUGCCAUCGCCCUCAUCAAUGCUCUUUUCCUGAAGGCGCCAGAGGACAGACGGCAGGAGGAGUAUACUAACCCGCUGGAGCAGCACCUCACUGAAAUGGCAAGCACUUUGGCUCAGAAACACUUGCGAUCCAUCAUCCUUAAUCACGUUAUUAGAGGAAAUCGACCAAUCAAAGCAGAAAUGGCACAUCAGCUUUAUGUGCUGCAGGUAUUGACGUUCAACCUUUUGGAAGAACGAAUGAUGACGAAAAUGGAUCCUAAUGACCAGGCUCAGAGAGACAUCAUUUUUGAGCUGCGUAGGAUUGCUUUCGAUGGAGAAAAUGACCCCACCGGCACAGAAAAGAGAAAGGCCAUGUACACCAAGGACUAUAAGAUGCUAGGGUUUACUAACCAUGUGAACCCGGCAAUGGACUUCACCCAGACGCCUCCGGGGAUGCUGGCUUUGGACAACAUGCUGUACCUCGCCAAGGUUCACCAGGACACGUACAUCAGGAUUGUGCUGGAGAACAGCAGCCGUGAGGACAAGCAUGAAUGUCCCUUUGGCCGGUGUGCCAUCGAACUCACUCGAAUGCUGUGCGAGAUACUCCAGGUUGGAGAAUUGCCUAAUGAGGGCUGCAAUGACUACCACCCCAUGUUCUUCACUCAUGACCGGGCUUGGGAGGAGUUCUUCUGCGUCUGCAUCCAGCUACUUAAUAAAACCUGGAAGGAGAUGAGAGCCACAGCUGAGGACUUCAAUAAGGUGAUGCAGGUGGUCCGUGAGCAGAUCACCAGGGCUCUGGCGAUGAAGCCGUCAUCUUUAGACCAGCUGAAGAAUAAACUGCGAGGCCUCAAUUAUUCGGAGAUUCUGCGUCUGCGGCAGUCAGAGAGAAUGAGCCAGGAUGACUUCCAGUCUCCACCUAUCAUAGAGCUGCGGGAGAGAAUUCAGCCUGAAAUCUUAGAGCUCAUCAAGCAACAGCGACUCAACCGGCUGUGUGAGGGAAGCUGUUUCCGUAAACUGGGGAACCGCCGAAGGCAAGAGAAGUUUUGGUUCUGCAGACUCUCACUGAAUCACAAAGUGCUGCACUAUGGGGACCUGGAUGAGUCACCUCAGGGUGAAGUGCCUUUUGAGCUACUGAGUGACAAGAUCCCCGUCUCUGAUAUCAAGUCUGUGGUGACCGGGAAGGACUGCCCUCACAUGAAAGAAAAAAGUGCUCUGAAACAAAACAAGGAGGUGCUGGAGUUAGCCUUCUCUGUCCUCUACGAUCCCGAUGAGACGCUCAAUUUUGUUGCACCCAACAAGUAUGAGUACUGCAUCUGGACUGACGGGCUGUGUGCGCUGCUGGGCAGAGAGAUGGGCAGUGACCUGACACGCAGUGAUCUAGAUACUCUCAUCAGUAUGGAGAUGAAGCUUCGCCUCCUCGACCUCGAGAACAUCACCAUCCCAGAAGCCCCGCCGCCCGUGCCGAAAGAGCCUAGCUCAUAUAACUUCACCUACAACUACAGCUGAAGUGUGUCUGUGUGUGUGUGUGUUUUGUCACGGAUGAGUAUUCUCGAUCUUUUGAUGAAUUCGACUGCAGACGUGUGCACCACACAAGGUUACUUUGAGUCUUUUACUUCCUUUUCAGAACCCUGGAGACUUUUCUCCGUCCGUGUUUAUGAUGCUGUACCGUUUGUCAAAUAGAAGAAAUGUGUUUUUUGUACCUCCGCAGAAAGUUCAGAGGUCAGGGUCCACUAGAGAGUAUAUUUUAAUCUUUUAAACUGUGGCUUAAUUUGUCAAUCAAAUCAUGUGGUGUCUGAGUGAGAUGUGAAGAUGAAGUGGCCACCAUUUUGGUUUUAAUACUGUGUUCACACUGAUACUGGGCUGAGAGUUUGCACACUCACACACUCCUGAAAUGAGAUUUAGCCACUGUCCUGCUCAAGGUCACUUCGGUAGGAGGGAGAGUCGAUGUCAAGGAGGACUGAACAGGACUUUGCUUUGACUGUGAAAUUCAGUGAUUAAGAGAGCAAAAGACAUAAUUUUUAAAAAGUCAGCUUAAGUAAAACAGAAGCAGAUAGAGGGGAAGGAUAAUCCCUGUUUGCCACUUUUAUCAUAUCUACUAGAUACAAAAUCUUUGGCUGUAUCUAACAAUUACCUUAAUGAGAUUCGUAUACAAGAUUAUUUCCUCUGAGUCGAUUAUUUGAUCUGUAAGAUGACAAAAAAAUAGGGAAAAAUACCCACCACAAUUUCCCAGAAGUUAACAUAUUUUAAAAAUUUAUUUUGUCUAUCUUGUGUUCCAAAGCCCAAAGAAAUUCAGUUUGCUAUGAUAGAAAAAAAACAUCAAACAGACAUAUUUGAGAAGCUGGAACCACUGAAAAGUUCAAAGUCUUUAUCAAGAUUUUUGCUGAUUAAUUUUUUAGCAAUCAUCAGGUCGAUUAAUGCAGUAAUCGUUUCAAGUUUUACUGUGAAGUGUCUGUUACUCAGCCUUCAUGCUGCUUCAGAUCUUUUGGCAAACUUCUCCCCUCAGAUUAAUGCGCCUUUUUGGAGGCUGUUCAAUAAGAAUGUGAUGUUUGGAGGUUCUUGACAAAGCCUUUGCCUGUUUUAUGUGUCUGUGAGUGUGUAUUCUUGUUUGUUUGUGUGUGUGUGUGGAUGCGUGUCUGUCUGUAUGUGCAAAUUUUGAGACUUAGUGUUGUUUACUUUGAGAAAUGGAAGGACUAAUGCUAUCACUUGACGAGUGCGAUGUUCCUGGAAGUCAGGACCAAAGCUCUGAAAGGCUUUUAAAUCACAGCUGCUGCAUUGCCUUAUCAGUCAUACUCAUGCUACAUAUGCUGGGUAACAUUAGCAUGUGUACACAGUAUAUGAAAGGUUUAUAACACACUAUGGUGGAUUAUAGCAGAUAUAAGGACAUUUUUAAGUGUUUUUUGUUUUAACAACUGAGACCCAAGAGACAUUCAUAGCUGUUGUAUAAACUGAUUGUAGUGAAUGUUUGAUAACCGUGUGACAUAUUUGUAAUCAUCCAGAAUCGUAUUAUUAUUAUUAAUUGUUUACAAUUAGUCAUGUGUUCGCUUUCAGAAGAACAGUUUUACAGUUAGAUAUAAAGAUUAAUAACUGAUUUACAUGAACUGUACAUUGUAUACAUAUAUAGCAGGAUUUAAUUUAUUUAAAUUUGUAUUUGCAACAACUGAAAAUGCAUAUGUAUGAUUUCAACUAUGUUACACUGUGUUAUCAAGCAUUUAUUAACUUUUUAUAAAACCAGAUAAAAGCUUCAAUUGGUGUUAUAAACCAUUAGAAAAAGACAUUUAAAUUUGAAAAUGUUUUUAUAUCUGCUUUAAAACUAAAAAGCUAAACUGAGUUAAAACUAAAGUGUUACCAUAUUUGGAAAGCUUACAGGCGUUUCUUUUCAGUACAGUUGUCUUGUUUAAACAAACUUGCCCCUGGACCCAGUAUUUCAAAGCCUUUAAUCCAGAUCAGAAUCAUCUUGGCUGAAUUAAAUCUCAAAAUUGAGUAUUUCAAAACCAGGAGAUUCUGAGCCUACAAAUUGAGAUACAGAUAAGGUAAUCCUAUUCUACCUGUAUUUCAAGACGAUGAGGUUUGAAUUAGGAUAGUUUUGAUGCUAAAAAUCAGGAUUAUCCCAUCCCACUGAAAGGGUGGAUCUAGCAUGGAUAAAAGAUUGAUGUAGAGACAUGAGGGAUAAAUGGCUCCUCCUGAGCUAUGAUGCAGUAUGUCCCUCCUGAGCGACCGUCACUCUGCAGUCAUGGCACUUCCCUCUUUGGCGCUUACACUUUGAUUGAUAGAGUACAUAAACAUCGAGAUGAGCACACAUCAUGCUGCCUUCCCUCUUUUGCCUUGUCUCUGUGGUAGCGUAACUAAACAUUUCCCAGCAUUUUCAUAUCCGUAAAUGUUACCGAAAUGUUGGGUUACUUUGACCAACAGAUGGAGUCCUAUUCAAAAACUACAAUUUUAAAUUCUGUAGUCGUGAUCUUGUGGUUGCCGGAUCGGAAAGAUCCUAUUUGAAAAUUCUUUGAAAGACCAGGACAAAACCUCCAAAAUCAAUUUCACCAGAGAUAGCAGAGAAGAGAUUGCAACUUCCGGAUAAUUCUGAUCUAGAUUAAAGGUCUUGAAAUACUGGAUGUUGGUGUGUGAAUUAAUCAGCGGUUCUGAGUCUUGAUAUCAGACAGAAGAGAAGCUGCUGUGGCCUGUUUUAGCUAACCCUCAGAUGAAUGGAGGCAGGUCAGACAUAGCUGAGAGACACGGCCGUGGGCCUCGGGAGCAUCUCGCACUGCUCAUGAAACAUAUGAGCGUACAGUAUUGUGUACUUUGUAUACAGUGAUAUAAAUCAUAGUAAAAUUGCUUGAUGUCAUUUUAUUUUGGUUUGUCACCGGUACUACAUUUUUUGUGUAUUUUACUCUACGUCAGCACAAGCUUCUGUCUUUUACCUUAUGUCAUGUCAUCUUUUAAACCCGUACUAAUCACUGCUGACAUUUGUUAAUGCAGAAUAGAAGUAUAUUUUUGUAAAUGACUGUACAAUCUUACCUGUGAAGAGGAUGGGUGUUGAACUAACAUAGCAUUUUCCCUUUGCAUCACUCUGUACAGUACGUUCAACAUGCUCACUACUGCUGACACUGAAAAAAAAGAAAGUUUUUAAGUCUUUUAAUUUUUUUAGUCUCAAAAACAUUUUCAUAUCACUAGCACUCACAUCACACAUUGUUUAGGAAUGACACCCUCUCCAGCACCUAAUGAUGAUGUCAGUGUUAACGUGUCUUAUACUGCUAAUGGAAAUAGUAAAAAAAAAAAAAAUUGCCAUUAUUGUUGAUGGUGUAUGUGAAAAGGAAUAUGUUUGGAUUUUUUUCAGGCUUUUCUUUUUGAUUUUUAACCGAUGUCUGAGAUUUUAAAGGUUUCCUGUGGAGUGUUUUUUAAUCUCUUCUUGCGCUGUGGAGCCAUUUUUAAUGAGAGGGUCCCCGUUUUGUGUGUCCCGUGAGUGGACACUGUACACACAAGUGACGCAAUACACAUUCCUACCCGUUUCUUCACACUAGUCCGCUGAACAACAGGUGACGGUUGGUCACCAAGAUAUGCAUCAGAGUGACAACAACGACAGGACAAAGGUCUGCCGGGUAGUAAACAUGGGUUUCAACUACACAGUAUUUAAAAUUAAAAAUCAUUUUGCAAAUUUCCUGAAUGUAAACACACACGAAAACUCCACAGGUCACCUUUAACUGUUUAAAAGGGUUACUUCAUAUUCCAGUAAGUCAUUGAGAUCUGAAGCUGCUCUCGGAAAAUUCCAGCUGCAGCUAAAAUAUGCCAAUAAAGAAUAACGAGUUGUUGUGUUGGAUGUACUAACAGUAUGACCUGAAGUUUUCGCAUCUGGUAUUCUUUUACAUGACUUGCUAAACUAUUUAUUUACACUUGCUACUAGUCAUAGUAAAGAAUGACAUGUUGUUAGUUAAGAAAUAACAACGUAAGAUCUAAAUAUGGUAUACAUAUAGAUCAUUGUAUGUAUAUACAGUAUUGUGUUGCCUUAUUCGAGAAAAUGUAUUAUGUUUUGUGUGAAUAAAUACAAAGUCUAACUAC